CGAUACUUCUAAAUGUAAAAGAAGGCAGCACAGGUCCAACCGGUUGUGCUGUGAUAUUGAGAGAGGUCAUACAUCUUCGAAAAACGAAAGCAAGCCAGAAAGCCAGGAUGUCUGAAGAGCUGUCUCUCAACAUAAACAUCAAAGAGCCAAGAUGGGACCAAGGAACAUUUAUGGGGCGCGCCAAGCACUUCUUCAUGGUCACAGAUCCCAGGAAUGUCCUGCUGUCCUCUGAGACUCUGGAGGACGCCAGAGUGAUCAUGGAGAACUACAGAGCCGGGGUCGUGAAGCCUGGCCUGACGGAGGAUGAGCUCUGGAGAGCCAAGUACAUUUAUGACUCCGCCUUCCACCCCGACACAGGGGAGAAGAUGUUUGUGAUUGGCCGGAUGUCCGCUCAGGUGCCAAUGAACAUGUCCAUCACAGGCAGCAUGCUCACCUUCUACAGGACUACUCCGGCAGUGGUGUUCUGGCAGUGGGUUAACCAGUCCUUCAACGCUGUCGUCAACUACACCAACCGCAGUGGAGAUGCCCCCAUGACCGUGAAUCAGCUUGGUGCAGCCUACGUCAGUGCUACUACUGGAGCUGUAGUCACUGCCCUGGGACUCAAGUCUCUAGCUACGCAUCUCCCUCCAAUCAUGAGCCGGUUUGUCCCCUUUGCUGCUGUUGCUGCUGCUAACUGUAUCAACAUUCCCUUCAUGAGACAGAGGGAGUUGAAGUAUGGUAUCCCUGUGAUGGAUGAGAAUGGAAACCGAUUAGGAGAGUCCCCCAAUGCUGCCAAGCAGGCCAUCAUACAGGUGGUGGUGUCAAGGAUCGGCAUGGCAGUGCCAGCAAUGGCCAUUCCCCCUGUCAUAAUGAACGCACUGGAGAAGAAAGCUUUCAUGAAGCGGUUCCCAAUUCUAAACGCUCCAAUCCAGGUGGGGCUCGUCGGUCUGUGCCUGGUGUUUGCAACUCCUCUAUGCUGCGCCCUCUUCCCACAGAAAAGCUCUAUGAGUGUGAGCGGGCUGGAAGCAGAUCUGCAGGAGAGGAUACGACAGACCAGUCCCAACACCUCCACCGUCUACUUCAACAAGGGCCUGUAGGACCAGCCAACACAUAUCCAUGCACACACACAAGACAUGCAGACAAUCAGACAUACACACACGUCUGUUGUCCUGUGGGCACAAGUGGGAGGGCAAUACAAAAUGUAUUUAUGUUUUUUUUUUUUUGUGUACUACUGCAUUUGUUUUUUGUUUAUUUUUUCUGCGUGUAACAGCAGACGGUUAGGCCGUUGAUUCUUGAUGAUUAACUGAAGGGCAAACAAAACCCUUUGAAAAGGAGGAUCACUGGCAGUUCUCUCUGUACAUACAGUAGAUGGCACUCCUUAGAAUAGAAAAACGGACUCCUGACUUUUUUUCUAUUGUGUCGUAGUGUGUUUUCUGUCUUCCUUUGGUCAAAACUGCCUAGAGUGGGGCAAUUCAUGAAGUUACAGAUUUGUGUUUCACUCACCAAUAUUUCAUGUUGCAUUCAGGUUCAUGUAAGUUUUUUUUGCCUUGUGCUCCCCCCACUUCCCCCCCCACACACACACAUUUAGAAGUCCUUUUUCCAAUUCUUGCCUAGUCCGCGUUGCAGUAUUCCCCACUUCCACCAAUUAAUUUCCUCCUUGAACUUGAAUCAUGCAGUUGUACUGGAAGAACCAGUGUGUUAAAUAGCUCUGAUUAGUCCCACCCUUGAUGAAUAAGUUCCUCUUUUGUUGUACUUAACCGGUGCAGCUUUCGUCAACUCUCCUUGAAGUGUACUUAUGUCCCUUCAUAUUCAUAGACCAGGUAAUAAGGUGCUAGGUACAAUGUGGCAAAGAAAAUGGGUAGAUAUUCUACAAAAAAUAUGUAGAAAUUAUAAUGCAAAAGGCACUACUUGUUACCUGUUUUUCAAGGCCUUUUAUCGUUUGAUCAGUCGCAGCCUUUAGUGGCAAAUUAAUGAAUAAUAGAUUGUUGUUGUUGGUGGUGCUUGUUUGGUGGUUGUCAGGUGGAGGAAUAUCCUUUUGUUGUUGCUAAGACGAAAUGAUCUGAGUUUUGCCAUUUGUGUGUUUUAAAUUAACAGUGAUGUGCAGAAGCAAACAACAAUUGAUUGCUGUUGUCAUGUGAAAACUUAGCAAAUCAGAUUUUUUUGUUUUUUAUGUUCACACUUGAACUGAACAAUUGCAUGAACAGGUUAAAAGAAAUGAAAGCUGUCUAAUUUAAGUCAGAGAUGCAGGGUUUUUAUGUGCAACAGCUAGCUGGCCAUCUGAAAUCGUAUCACUAGAGCCAUUAAUGUCCCAUUGUACCAAAUGAAAGUAGCUAAUAUUGUGGGACAAAGUCCAAAUACUAAAAGCUUAUAUCAGGGCAGUGGGUAGCUGUAUGCACGGUCUUUGUUGUUGCUUCGUUAAAGUGGACAGUUUGGCUGAGUUUGAGCUUCUCUGAUCAAAUUCAUUUACAGUGUCGGCCAAACACAUGACUCAGUGUGGUUAGAUAGUGAUGAUGGUGUAUGUGAGGAAAUAGUUGGAUUUAUCUAUUUAUCUAUAUAUACACAUUUAUAAAUAUAUCUAAAUAUACAUAUUCCUGCAUUAUCCAGACGGCACUGGAUAAUGCAUGAGUAAUUUUAAAGAUUUUAACUUCAAGGUGGGCCUCUGUUGGCCCCACAUAUGCAGGAGCACAGAAGAGUUUGCUGCAAAUGAGCGAGUGCACCUUUAGGGCUAACGCGUUCUCAGAUUAGAGGAGUGGUCCUCUAGUGGGAUUUAAACAAAGUCACAGAUUACCAACUAUGAUUAAAUGUUUCUGAAAUUUGAAAUUGUACAGUAAUUAAUUAAAAGUAAACUGAUUGUGGAUGUUAAGGGACUGUAGCAACUGCACAAAAAUCAACUUCUGUACAAAAAUACACAAUGAUUGUUUCUAUGUGAUCCUGAAAUUGAAGGGUUUAAUUCCAAAGUGAUAUUCGGAUCAUUUUAUGGACUCAUACGGGCCUAUCCUGAAAUACCACGUUGAUAUGACUCCUUACUUCUGAAUGAGAAUGUGGAUGUCUUUGUAUUAUUUUUAAAAUGACGGAUAUCUCAUUUUGGAACAAAACUCGUCUUUCAACUGUUUUCUUACUCUCCAUUGUCUUUCAUAUGCAAUGUAAACACUUAACCCCCAAAUAAUAGCUACUGUUGAGUCCCUCGCCUCCUUCUGUAACACUGAGCCAUGAUCACAUGCACUGCAGGACAGUGUUUCAGAGUUGGCAUCACUAAUGUAUUCCAAUAUUUGAUAUAUACAUGGCUGCAUCCUUAUACAAAGUUAUUGUGUUUGGGGUGUUUUCCUGCUGAGGGUGAAACUGCACUAUAUAACCUUUGCUGUCCUGCUGUAGGAGCUAGUUGGAUUUGCGUUGCUAUUUAAAAGGAUUGUUUUAAAGUAAAUUGAAGACUGUAUUUGUUUAUGGUGCUGGAUGAUGUUAAACGAACUAUGGUUAGCUUCUGCUUUUUUCCUUUGUUUUUCUGGUCUUGGAAUAAUAGCGUAAAAGUGUCAAGAACAAAACUGGAAGGUUUUAGUCAGCAUUUAAAUACAUUUGUAAACCUGUAUCUCAGCUUGUGACUGUACUGUACCACCGUAACAUGUCGCACCAAUAGAGCUAGCCAAAGAUGAGACAGGUUUGAAUCGUACAGGAUUGAGGAGAAGUGUGUAGCUUUUUGUGAAGUUUUGUUUCAGCUUUAACGUAUGGACCUUUUGUCAUGCAAAAACAUGUUUUUGUUGUUUAUUUUAACAGAAAUGGUCCUUAACUUUGUCAACAGCACACCAAAAUGUUCAAGAACAUCGCUAAGCAUUGUCAUUAACACACAGCUAACAGAUUGAGAUAUAAAUAAAUGAAACGCACAGUUUAGUUUGGUUAAAGAUCAUAUUAUUGGUAUCGAUUUUUGUUUUGGUUUUGGCAUUCUAAUCUCCUAAAAAACGUGAUUUCACAUAGCACCAGUGAAUGUUGGUGCACUGGUUGAAAUCUCACUAAUCUGUAACUUUGGUUGUUCUGCAUUAAGGAAAUGUCAAAUCUUUGCAUACUGAAAGCACAAAUGUAAAGACAAUCCAUUAUUGUUACACUCCAUUAAUACUUAUUGGUUAUGUCAUGUACAUACAACUUACACACAUGUAGUCCUGUCAGUAUUGGUCCUGUGUUUUCUCUCUCUGUUUUGUAUUGUGUUGAAGUAUAUUUCCUUGAUGUGGAAUGUAUUUCACUCAGAGCAAUAGAAUAAAAUAUGUAAUGUUAAAGUCCAAACCUUUCUGCCUAAUUUGACAUUACAGUAUUAAACAUUGUAUAUACUAAAUAUAUCAUCCUCCUGCUCUUGGGGAACAACUAGAAAAAUAACUUUAAAAGAGUGAAAACCAUGUUCUGAUCUGAUAAGGAUUGUUUAAAUGAUAAGGAGUCAAUCAGAUAACACUAAGAUUAAACUGAGAAUGUCAUCUGAA